AUGUUUCGACCAGCCGAUCGACCCCCAAGUUUCAGGCAGCCCGCCAACGAGUGGAUCUAUAAGAUGCUAUUUCUCUGGUCGAAGGAGCCAGCUCCGGGUCCAAAAGCCGGCCCGUGGCUCGCGUGGUUCGCCACGGCGCUGAUUCUCUGGCGUUGUAGUCGGAGCAUGAGCAAAGCGAUCUUGGCAAUUUCUCCGUUGAGGCUGCUGAAGAGACGCAACAUCUUGCCACCAACCAACUCGAAGGCCUCAUCGACGGAGACGCUGUCGAAACUACACCAGCAACGGUUGAAACAAGAGAAUCCUAUUUUCCAACGGAAACACAAGCACGGAAUUAGGAAGGUGAAACGAUUCUGCACCGGCGACGGGCCCCACGUGACCAACUCGGCGUCCGUCAUACAAAUACCGCAGAUUCACUACAAGGUGACAAGAAGUGGCAAAAUUUACGGGAAAUACCCGCACAAAGGCGCCGCGCAGUCGAACGCCAGCCAGCCUGGUCACUGAAGUGCGACGUUUUCGUUCAUUGAGAUACUCGAUAGGCACACCUCAAAUUUUGUAAUUGAAGAGUUUUUAUAAAAAAACACUGCGAAUGCCACUGAAAGUGCAACCGGUCGGAAAGUCUGUCUCGAUUUUAACAAGGCAACGCAUUUCAUACGCAUGGAAGAAGAAGAGGGUCAAAUGAAAUACGAGGAAAAUUUCUGGAAGAAUAAACGUACAUUUGGCCGGGCAGAAAAAUCUACUGUCACGUUCUCAGUACCACUGUUUCAUUAUAAUGAA